CGCCGGGCGGCAGGUGUCGGCGGCGACGGCAUUCGGCGGCGAUGGAGCGGCCCCGAGCUGCUGCGGAUGGCCUCUCGCGCUGGCCCCACGGCUUCGGCCUCCUCUUGCUCCUCCUUGGCCUCCCGCUGCUUCCGCGGGCCGCGCUCGGCCAGGACCGCUUGGACGCGCCCCCGCCGCCCGCUGCGCCCCUGUCGCGCUGGGGCGGCCCCGUCGGGGUGAGCUGGGGGCUGCGCGCGGCCGCGCCCAGGGGCCCGUUUCCCCGCGGCCGUUGGCGCCGCAGCGCGCCCGACCAGGACGGAGGCUGCGGCCAGGUCCCGGACUUCGUCGCCAGGCUGGUCAACAACACGCACCAGCAUGUGUUUGAUGAUCUCAGUGGCUCAGUAUCCUUGUCUUGGGUUGGAGAUAGCACUGGGAUCAUUCUAGUCUUGACUACCUUCCAUGUACCACUGGUAAUUAUGACUUUCGGACAGUCCAAGCUAUAUCGAAGUGAGGACUAUGGAAAGAGCUUUAAGGAUAUUACAAAUCUCAUCAAUAACACCUUCAUUCGGACUGAAUUUGGCAUGGCUAUUGGUCCUGAGAACUCUGGAAAGGUGAUUUUAACAGCAGAGGUGUCUGGAGUAAGUCACAGAGGAAGAAUCUUCAGAUCGUCAGAUUUUGCAAAGAACUUUGUUCAGACCAACCUCCCAUUUUAUCCUCUGACUCAGAUGAUGUAUAGCCCUCAGAAUUCUGAUUAUCUUUUAGCCCUCAGCACUGAAAAUGGCCUGUGGGUGUCCAAGAAUUUUGGGGGAAAAUGGGAAGAAAUCCACAAAGCAGUGUGUUUGGCCAAAUGGGGAUCAGAAAACACCAUCUUCUUUACUACCUAUGUGAAUGGCUCCUGCAAAGCUGACCUUGGGGCACUGGAAUUGUGGAGAACUUCAGACUUGGGAAAAAGCUUCAAAACCAUUGGUGUGAAAAUCUACUCAUUUGGUCUUGGGGGACGUUUCCUUUUUGCCUCUGUGAUGGCUGACAAGGAUACGACAAGAAGGAUUCAUGUAUCAACUGAUCAAGGGGACACAUGGAGCAUGGCCCAGCUCCCCUCUGUGGGGCAGGAGCAGUUCUAUUCUAUCCUAGCAGCUAAUGACGACAUGGUGUUCAUGCACGUGGAUGAACCUGGAGAUACCGGGUUUGGUACAAUCUUCACCUCAGACGAUCGAGGCAUUGUCUAUUCCAAGUCCUUGGACCGACAUCUGUACACCACCACAGGUGGCGAGACAGACUUUACCAAUGUGACCUCCCUCCGUGGGGUCUACAUAACAAGUGUGCUCUCUGAAGAUAAUUCUAUCCAGACUGUGAUCACUUUUGACCAAGGAGGAAGGUGGAAGCACCUGAGGAAGCCCGAGAACAGUGAAUGUGACGCUACAGCAAAAAAUAAGAAUGAGUGCAGUCUUCAUAUUCAUGCUUCCUACAGCAUCUCCCAGAAACUAAACGUUCCAGUGGUCCCCCUUUCAGAGCCAAAUGCCGUGGGCAUAGUCAUCGCCCAUGGUAGCGUGGGGGAUGCCAUCUCAGUGAUGAUCCCAGAUGUGUACAUCUCAGAUGAUGGCGGUUACUCCUGGGCGAAGAUGCUGGAAGGACCCCACUAUUACACCAUCCUGGAUUCUGGAGGCAUCAUUGUGGCCAUUGAGCAUAGCAGCCUUCCUAUCAAUGUGAUUAAGUUCUCCACAGACGAAGGUCAGUGCUGGCAAACCUACACAUUCACCAAGGAGCCCAUCUACUUUACCGGCCUUGCUUCAGAACCUGGAGCGAAGUCCAUGAACAUCAGCAUCUGGGGUUUCAUAGAAUCUUUCCUGACUCGCCGGUGGGUCUCCUACACCAUCGAUUUUAAAGAUAUCCUUAAAAGGAACUGUGAAGAGAAGGACUAUACCAUAUGGCUGGCUCACUCCACAGACCCUGGAGAUUAUGGAGAUGGCUGCAUUUUAGGCUAUAAAGAACAGUUUCUACGGCUCCGCAAGUCAUCCGUCUGUCAGAAUGGCCGGGACUAUGUAGUGACUAAGCAGCCGUCUGUCUGUCUGUGCUCCCUGGAGGACUUCCUCUGUGAUUUUGGCUACUUCCGUCCAGAAAAUGACUCCAAAUGUGUGGAACAGCCAGAACUGAAGGGCCAUGACCUAGAGUUCUGUCUGUAUGGCAGAGAGGAGCACCUGACAACAAAUGGGUACCGGAAAAUUCCAGGAGACAAAUGCCAAGGUGGAGUGAAUCCAGUUCGAGAAGUAAAAGACUUGAAAAAGAAAUGCACAAGCAGCUUUUUGAGUCCAGAAAAGCAGAAUUUCAAGUCAAAUUCUGUUCCAAUUAUCCUGGCCACUGUGGGAUUGAUGCUGGUCACAGUCAUAGCAGGAGUGCUCAUUGUGAAGAAAUACGUCUGUGGGGGAAGGUUCCUGGUGCAUCGGUACUCUGUGCUACAGCAGCAUGCAGAGGCCAAUGGUGUGGAUGGUGUGGACACUUUGGACACAGCCUCACACACUAAUAAAAGUGGUUAUCAUGAUGAUUCAGAUGAGGACCUCCUGGAAUAGCUCCUCAAAGAAGCUGGGACUGAAACCUGUUACACUUCCUGUGGUUCCAACUUGGGGAAAUAAAUUUCCCAUUUCAAGGGAUCCAGCUCUGUUUCUGCUGCUUCCGUCAAAGCCAGAAGGACCUUCACUAAAGAAAUGCAGGGGGAGGGGGUGGGGGCGAAACCCUAAACACUUACAAUUGGCUCUGAGAAGGGGGGGAUUUUUAAAUCUUUAACUUCUUAUUUCAAGUUCUGUCUUUUUGCAAAGUAUGGGCUCUUUUGGUUUUGAUUUUGUUUUUUAAGGGAAAUGAAAUGGAAUUUUAAGGGAACAUUUCACUAACUCUACUCCUGCAUGUUUUGCAUGGCGCCUGCCCCAGGGCACCUGCCAACUCCAGCUUCAACUCUCACAAAGGCUCUGCUGGUGACAUGAAGCAGCUGUAGAGAUGAACACAAAGGCUGUGGUGACUGGCAUAACCUGGGCAGCCUUUCUGCGUUUGGGGACAGCCCUGCUCCAAGAGUGUUGCACACCAGCUCCUUGCACAGAUCCCCACCUUUUUUUUUUCAGGGACCAUAGAUCACAGUGAUUUUUUUAUUUUUCCUGUUUAAUUAGGCAAUACCCUUGUUAAUUGCCCUUUGGCGACUAACUUAACCAUGUGCUUCCAAGAUGCUAAAUCAGGAGAACUUAAAGGGCAACAUUUUUAACUGGGGGCAGGAAGAGGGGAGCAGCAAAUAAUUGAUUAGAUUUAGCACCUAGUAAAGGAGAAAUCCUUCCCCUGAGAUCUUUCAAGCCAUGCUUUGUGUGAGUGCCUGUGGACUUGCUGAAGGACAGGGUGCAGGGCUUGCCCUGGGUUUCUGCCCAGGCUGGGUGAUCUCUUUGCUAGAACUGAUGGUGGCAUACACGGUGCAGCCCCUGAGAACUGAACAUGGUCUUCCACGUGCCCUUCUACCUGCUGUGUUGGCUCGGUGGUGAGUCAUUCCAGUGGCUGCUUACUUGCUUCCUCUUAGGUGGCUUGUUGUACAUGGAGCCAGGAUGUUUUCAGAUUUAUAGGCUUUUUAAAAAAAAAUCAGAAUUUAUUACCAGGUUCUCUUCCUUACCCCUUUUCCCCAGCUUUGCCAAGUAAGUUAUUGGCAUGAAACUUUUAGCUGAACCAACUGAAAAUACUUCCAGUAUAGAUGAUGUUUUGUGUGAUAUAUUAAGUUCAUAUUUUAAAUUGAAGGGAGUUUUCUAUUCGACACUUUUUCAAAUUAAAUCAUCUAUAGAAUGUAGUGAGGUGGAUUUUUGAGUGGCCAUAUAGUCAUGAAAAACUGCAAUAAUUAGUUUUAAUACAGCUUCAAUAUUUGCUAUACAGGGAUGUAGUACGUUUUUGGUUUUAGCAUACCUGCUAUGCUGGUCACGGUUUCUCAAUAAUUAUGAUUGGGACAUUCUCUGGUAACUGCCAUUUUGCUGCUAGAUCGUUUUAUGGCCAGAAAGUCCAUAAAAAGUAAAUGUGCCAAAUUAACUUUUGUCAGAAUGCGGGAGCAGAUGGCUGAGUUCUUUCCUGACCAGAAUGGAAUGACAGCAGUAGGGAAGGGGGGGAGUGGAUGGAGAAUUCUAGAGACUUGGAAACUACAGUAAAUUAAAUGAAUCAGGGAGCUUCGGUUAGAAAAUAAUGUUGAGGGCAAUUUUUGUGAAGAGAAUUAAUAUUCAUUAGAGCCAGAGAGCACUCAUCUUAGUUAAAGCGCGUUCACUUCACAUGGCUUUUAAAUUAAGAAUAAUUCCAAAGAUAAACCAGCUCACAAAGGACUUGGUGUCAGCCUUUGUCUCGGACACCCUCACCUCCUGCCCGAAGUGGAUUUGGCCCAGGAAGGACUACUUCACCUACACCUUUUCUCCUGGAACAUACUCCCUGGGUACAUGUGCUGAGAUGUAGUGAUUCUCUGAUCAACUUUAAGAUGUAGAAAAGUUCUUCUUCUUCUCUAACCAUAUAAGAGUAGGGCUCUUUGUUUAUAAUGAUACCUGGGAUUUCUGUAGAAAUUAGCAGUUUUCAGGACAGUUUCACUUGUAAUAUGUCCUUUGAACCUCAACAUUUUUGUGAAAAGGGAAAAAAAGGCAGGGGUUGUAAUCCUCAUUUUGAGGAAAUGGAGCUGCAGUACAAAAAUUGAGUUACUGCCCUGGCCGGUUUGGCACGGCGGUUGGAGUGUCAGCCUGCAGACCAGAGAGUCCCGGGUUCGGUUCCGCUAAGGGCACGUACCAAAAAAAAAAAAAUUGAGUUAUUGCCCAAGGCCCUGUGUGUCACACGCAGCGCUGGCUGGCUGUCUUCAGGCUCGGGGACACUCCUUGUGUGCAGAUGCUGCGUGCCUGGAGCAGGGCUCCUUCCUUACAGGCUGGCUGCUCUGUAGGCAGGAAUCGGCGGCAUUUCUUUCAGAGCAGUGUUUAGCACCCUUUUGCCACCUUGGUAAAAAUUUUAUUCUCCUGUAUUUCAUGGCUAAAAACAAAGUAAUGAUCAUUUUGAAUAUGUGUUUAGAAACUGCCUCUCACCUCACUGAGGGCCACUGUUCAAUAGUGCAGGAAUGGACUUCCUCUGACAACACCUUCUCCCGUCUCCUCGUUUCCCAUGCUGGCUGGCUAGCUGGCUCAGUUGAUUUGAGGACUGCUGACAAGCCUGGCUUAUUCCCUUUAUCGUUCUGCUUACUCACAAGUAUAUGCCCUCAGCCAGUGAGUAAAACAGCCUAAAUCCAUGAUUGCAUCUAAGAAAAAAAGAUCUCUAAUUUGUGCUACUGAUGUUAGGUUAGGAGCAUUGUCUUUGAAAGUCAAGUACAGCAUUUCAUUGUGUCAAGUCCCAGGCUUGAUAGUAGCAGAAGAGAUGAAUUUUGGUGGUUUCAGCAAUAGAAUUUAGCAUCGUAAGAUAGGUUGGACAUAUCAGACCAUCCAAAGGGGUCUGAGCUUUUAAAUCCAGGUGGAGAACUUGCCAUCUUUCCUGCUCUAUGGACAGGUGUCUUAGACCGUAGGGGGCUUUUGAUUUUCAGUGAGACUAGAAACCAGAGGUACAUACACCUAGGCUGUAAUUUGAAUGGAAACACAGAAGAAUAAAAAUGUCUGGAGGGUGUGGCAGUUCUAGGCUGGGCUCAGGAGAUUCAAAAAUUAGCCAUAACUGAAAUGUACAAUUUGCCAUCUGCCUCUGAAUAGGUAUGUGUCUCUCUCUUAGGUUUGUCUCAGGGCCUCUACAUGCCCAAAUUGGCCUUUCAUCCCUGGCAGAUUAGUAAUACAUUGGCCCCUCCAGCUCCUGCUGGUUCUCCCACGGCCUUUGUCACGAUACCAGGAUACAGAGAGGAGUGCCAGGGUGUCCACACCCACCCCAGGUGGGGGACUGGCCUGGCUUUAGUCAUUUCUUUAUUUCCCAAGCAAAUCAUCCAGGUAGAGAUUCUUUCCUUUUAGGAGAGCUCUAAAGAGGCCUGUCCCUAAAUGCAGUGGCUCAGAGCUCACCCUGCUCAUUGUCGGUACAGCCCCCUUGUCCCACAUGAAGCCUGGAUACUUGGAACUGCUCAAAUAGGAAGAGAUUCAGCCUUUCCACUUGGCUACUACCUUCUCUCAAGCAGGAAACUAAACAUGGAUUUAUAUGUCCUUUGAACAAAACCAAAGUUUAAGAUUUGCCACAUGAUGGAGUGGUUGGGGGGGCAGACUUUCAGCGCUGGUACUCAGCAGGUGCCAGGCUUUCUGUUCCAUCUGCCACCCUUUGCCCAGCUCAGGCAGCUCUGGGAGCACUGUCCUGCCCUAGCAGAGCCCAGGCCUUACUCUCCUGGAGGAUAAUUGAAAUUGCAGCAGCAUGUUGAUUUCCUGGUUAUAUCACAUACAAGAAUCAGAACAUGCGUUUGAAAUUGUCUUCAACUUGCUGUAUGCAUUUUUUUCACACCAGUGCAUUCUUAAGCGCUCUUGUUUAUAGAGAAUAACAUAAACUAAUCUGUACCUUUAUAUAUAUGUACAUAUAUACAUGUAUAAACUGUAUAGUGUACAUGCUAAUGAUUUAUUGAUGUGUCCCAAAUCUUGACUGCUGUUCUGUUCCUCCGCAUGCCCUGUUUCAGUCAGGUGACUUGAAUGUUCCCUGAUAUUCCACCCACCUCCUAUGUUUGGACAUCUAGGGAAGAGGGUUUUAGUCGUGCCCUCCGUAUCCUCAUGCACAGAAAUGCUCAGGGUCCCCAUGUGCCUGUUUUCACCUCUCUCGUUUCGUGUUUGCUUUCUGAGCAUGUGGUCCCUCCCUGUUCCAUAUCUUUUGUGCCUCUUCCCAAAAUAUGGAACAUCUGCCUUCCUAUUAGAGAGUAAAGCAGUGUUAAGAUCACUACUGCAUGUGUGCUAAAAAACAACCAGUUUUCUGUUCCCUUGGGACAGAAAAUUGCAUGUGAGGUGGGAUAAUCAAGUCUCAAUGACCCAUGUCAGUUGCACAACAAAGCCAGACCCCAUAAUAAAAUUCCACAAAAUGGAAAUAAUACUCACAGUUCUUUAGCAUUGUGUAAAUAAAUCUGGAUGUGUUUAACUUUG